AUGCCAAUAUUCUAUGAGUCAGCUUGGGAUAACGGUGCCUUUGGUUGUGGAAUUAGUUCUUAUCAAUACUUUCUUUUCUUUACUUUUUUCGGGCCUAUUGUUGCUUGUCUUUUACCCAUUGUACUCAUGUGUAUCUUUGCUAUUUUAAUUGUACACAAUGUUCGUAGUACUCGUAAUCGUGUUUUUCAACAGACCGGAGCCGCACGAAACGAACGUUUACGUUCCGAGGAUCGCCAAAUGGGUACUAUGCUUUUGUUUCAAAUACUUGUUACCAUUCUCCUUUCACUUCCUUAUGUAAGCACUAGUCUGUACUAUGCAUUCGACUUGGUCAUACUCGACAACACACUUUCGCUAUUGGGCCAAAUCAUUUUUCACUGUGCCGAGACCUUGGCCAUGUUUUUGUUCUAUACGAAUUCUAUUACCGGGUUUUACAUUUACACACUGACAAGUCCUAAGUUCCGUGCGGAAAUGCAACGCUGUGUUCGUCGAGGAUAUCAUGCUAUGUUAACGAAACUGGGUUUGGUUGAAUUCGACCCGUUGAGACCACGGCCAGUACCAUUAAACAAUAAUCCACUGGUUGUGGUUAAUAUUACAGUGAAAAGUAGAGAAGAAAAAGAGAACAAUCCUACACAACAAACACGAACAGUGAACAUCUUAUCAGGUAUACGAAAAACAACGGUCUAUUAA